CCUGUACACUACUAGUCUUGGUCAAGUUACUUGCUAAGAAAAAUAUUUCAGUACAUACUUUAAAUAAAAAAGAGGGCCAUGCUAAUUGAAGCCAUUGGCUUCAUCAGUAUUCCUUAAACUCGAGUCAUUGCGAAUAUCAUCCGAAGAUCGAUCUAUUUGUACGUAAUGGAUCGUCAGGACGAGAGUAAUAAGUUGAACAAUUAUGGAUUUGCGGCAGGUCGAGGCUUAAUCAAUGUCGUAUUCUCUUGGUCACCUAAGGAUGUUCUCAAUGCAAAGCUUUACGAAAAUAAGGUGACAAAGAUUCCUGAGACAUUUUCUACCACGACGAGUUACAUGAAAUCUUUCAUUCCUUCACUUGUUGAGGAAACACAUGCUGAUCUACUAUCAAGCAUGACAAAUCUAUCUAAGGCGCCUACUUGCGAAAUUCGGACUGUUACAGCUUCUGAGAAACAUGGACCUCCUAAAAUUCGGAUUGUUACAGCUUCUGAGAAUCAUGGACCUCCUAAAGACUUGUUUUAUGAUGUUACUUGUGUAGGAACGUAUGUGCCACAGGUUGGAGAUCUCAUUGCCUUGACUGAUAUUAAACCAAAAUGCGUUGAUGAUUUGAACAGGUCCAGAAAUUCGUAUCUCAUUGCGUAUGUUCAUCAAAUUAGAGACAAUAAUCUCUCAAUACUCUCGUCAAAGCAUAUAGAUACAAGAGGAUACACUUAUGCUGCGGGAAAGAGGGAAACAAUGCUUGCUGUCUAUUUGAUGAACAUGACAACAAAUAUUCGUGUAUGGAAAGCCUUGAAUUCAGAUGACGCAAACACAAAUCUAAUUAAGACUCUGUUGCAACUGCAACCCAGUUCAUCACAUGGUGGGAGUUCAUGUACAAUUUGCUUUUCUAAAGAAAAGCGCUUCGUUUCCCUUUCGACUAAAUGGCCAGAAAUGUGGUGUGAUCUAAAUGAAUCCCAAAAAGCUGCAGUUCUAAACUCCAUCAGUUUGAGUAAAUGCCAACACCAAAAUUCCAUCAAUCUAAUAUGGGGCCCUCCUGGGACUGGGAAAACGAAGACAGUCGGCAUCUCACUCUUUGCCCUCUAUAAGUUCAAGUGCAGAACACUAACAUGUGCCCCAACCAAUAUCGCUGUGUUAGAAGUUACAGAUCGACUCGUGAAGUUGGUUAACCAGUCUCUCAAGUAUGAUAAAUAUGGGCUUGGGGACAUAAUUCUAUUCGGGAAUGGUGAGCGAAUGAAGAUUGGUAGUUAUAAUGAUCUUUUUGAGGUAUUUCUUGAUAGGCGUAUUAGUAUUCUGACCAAGUGUUUUUCCCCUUCGAGUGGAUGGAAUCAUUGGUUAGAAUUGAUGAUAAGUUUACUUGAGAAUCCAGAGAAGCAGUAUUCAUUGUACAUAAAGGAAAAACAGAAGCAUGACGAGCAACAUAAAGAAAGUGAAAGCAGCAACUCAACAAGCGAUGAUAAGAAUGAUUUUCUGACGUUCGAGGAGUUUGUGAAGGACAGGUUUGAUUUCAUUGGUGAGCUUUUGAAAGUUUGUAUGGUAAAUUUGUACACUCACUUGCCAACAUCUUGCAUUUCACUUGAGGUGGUGAAAGACAUGAUCAGAGUUGCAGGGUUGCUUAAGUCGAUUCAAUCUAUAUUUAGUUGUGCUGGUGUUGCUAAUGAGCAGUUAAAAUUACUUCAAGAAGAUUGCACUCGUACUCUCAAGUCACUUCGUGCGUUUGCUGUUCCAAAUUCGAAUGAUGCACAAACAAUAAGAAAUUUGUGCCUGGCAAAGGCUUGCCUAAUAUUUUGUACCGCAUCAAGCUCUGCCAGACUGCAUACAGAAGGAAUGGUGCCCCUGGAAUUGUUAGUCAUUGAUGAAGCUGCUCAGCUUAAAGAAUGUGAGUCAACUAUUCCAUUACAACUACCAGGUCUUCGCCAUGCUAUUCUCAUAGGAGAUGAGAGGCAACUCCCUGCAAUUGUUAAAAGCCAGAUCUCCGAGAAGGCUGAAUUUGGAAGAAGUUUGUUUGAAAGACUUGUACUGUUGGGACACAAGAAGCACCUUCUCAAUGUCCAGUACAGGAUGCAUCCUUCAAUCAGCUUGUUUCCGAAAAUGGAGUUUUACGACAAUCAGAUAUUAAAUGGUCCAAAUGUCAAUGAAGUGAGCUACAACAAGCGCUUCCUUGAUGGAAAAAUGUUCGGAUCCUACUCAUUUAUAAACAUAGCAAAUGGGAAAGAAGAACGUGAUCGCGGGAGUAGUCUGAAAAACGUGGCUGAGGUUGCUGUGGUUUAUGAGAUAGUUUCUAGCCUUUACAAAGAAUUCACUCGCACAAAAAUGAAGGUUAGUGUUGGGGUAAUAUCACCUUACACAGCUCAAGUUAAUGCAAUUCAAGAGAGAGUCAAAGAGUAUAGUGAAGUUCCGUCUGGCUCAGACUUCUCCGUAAGUGUGCGAUCUGUUGAUGGAUUCCAAGGUGGUGAAGAGGAUUUGAUAAUUAUAUCCACUGUCAGAUGUAAUGGAAAGGGCUCUGUGGGAUUCCUCUCCAAUCGUCAACGAGCAAAUGUGGUUCUAACACGCGCAAGGCAUUGUCUUUGGAUACUGGGGCACGAAUCGACCUUGAUUAACAGUAACUCAAUUUGGAAGAAGCUAAUUCUAGACGCGAAGAAACGAGAAUGUUUUUUUAAUGCGGAUGAGGAUGAGAAGUUGGCUCAGGCUAUUUCCGCAGCCCAAUCGAGUUGCGAUGAAGAUGAUCCAAUCGAGCACCUUGCAAGACCAUUUUCUUCACUCAGACUGACUGAUCGGACAGCUGAAACAUCAACUCCAACUUACAGGAAUAAUUUUCGGCGCGGAGUUAGGUCCAGUAAAGUGAUAAGGUGAUGACUUAAGAGUGCAUAGCAGUUGCAGCAGGUGUUGUGCGUAGCUCCAGGAUGGAAGUUGUAGCCAUUACACAUCGUGCGAUUUGGGAUGAUCAUCGUCUUUCUCGGAUGUAAAAUAGUAGAACUUUAUAUUUUAUCUUUCGUCGCUUGAUGUUGCAAUUCAACGAACGAAACAGUUAUUUUUCGAGUUUCA